CACUUUGCAAAUGAAAAAUAUACAUUAAUAUGAACAAUUCAUUUCAUUAAUUUAGAUGGGACACAGGUUUCUUUCCCCAAGUAAAAGAAGUCUAAUUCUCGGCCCAAUAGAGAUCUGGGCUUUAAUAAAAUUAGGGCUCAUCACACUCUCUGUAGAUAACAAAGGUGAACACAGAGUGCACAUCUGCUUCAGCCGUCGGAGAUUCACCUCAGCAAACAUGGCAAGGGGAUUGAAGAAACAUCUCAAGAGGCUUAAUGCCCCAAAGCAUUGGAUGCUUGACAAACUUGGUGGUGCCUUUGCCCCCAAGCCAUCUUCUGGACCACACAAGUCCAGGGAGUGCCUUCCCCUUGUUCUCAUCAUCCGUAAUAGAUUGAAGUAUGCUUUGACAUACCGUGAAGUGAUUUCAAUCCUGAUGCAAAGGCAUAUUCAAGUUGAUGGGAAAGUCAGAACCGACAAGACAUACCCUGCUGGUUUCAUGGAUGUUGUGUCUAUCCCAAAGACUAAUGAGAAUUUCCGUCUGCUUUAUGACACCAAGGGACGCUUCCGUCUUCACUCCAUCAGGGACGAGGAAGCAAAGUUUAAGCUGUGCAAAGUGAGAACCAUUCAGUUUGGUCAGAAGGGAAUCCCUUACCUGAACACUUACGAUGGUCGCACCAUCCGUUACCCUGACCCGCUCAUCAAGCCUAACGACACCAUCAAGCUAGACCUCGAGGAGAACAAGAUUGUGGAGUUUAUCAAGUUUGAUGUUGGAAAUGUUGUGAUGGUGACUGGAGGGAGAAACAGAGGGCGUGUUGGUGUGAUCAAGAACCGUGAGAAGCAUAAGGGAAGCUUUGAGACCAUCCAUAUUCAAGACUCUACGGGGCAUGAGUUUGCAACGAGGUUAGGGAAUGUGUUCACGCUUGGGAAAGGAACAAAGCCGUGGGUGUCUCUUCCAAAGGGUAAAGGUAUUAAGCUUACCAUUAUUGAGGAAGCUAGGAAGAGGCUCUCUGCUCAACAAGCUGCUUAA